AUUCCACUGACUAGAAAUUGACUCAUUCUUUGACAGCGAGGCAUCCGGUCAAGAGAUCAAUUAACCAUCACCAUGGGGCGAUUUGCGGAUACGCUCAGCUUUUCUGGCCUUUUUGCAACGUUGGCAUUCAAAGCCGUUUGUGGCCAGGAGUCGGGGAUGGUCUAUGGAUUUGACAGCAUUGAGCCAUCAGCUAAUCUCACGUGGACACAAUGUUUCGAUGGUCUCGCAUGCUCCAAGUUGGAGGUUCCUUUGGAUUAUUCUAACAGGAGUCUGGGCACAACAUCAAUCGCUUAUAUUAAGCUGGCAGGCAAGAAUGCUACCGUCGAGUCCCCAAGUAUUGUCGUACUUCCCGGUGGUCCGGGUGGCUCCGGCAUCGACCUUCUCCUGUCCUACCGGUCUCUUGCUGGGCAAAUCUUCGGGGAGCAAUAUAAUUUCAUCUCCUAUGACCCUCGUGGGGUGAACAACAGCGGUUUGACGCUCGACUGUUUUUCAGGCAACGCCGAAGCAAGAUUAGCCUUCAAUCGACUAUACAGUACAGGAACCACCAAUGUUUCCUCAACGACGUUUCAUGAGCAGUACUAUUCUGGGUCUAUCUAUGGAGAGUGGUGCAACAAUGCCGUCGAACGCGAUGCAUCUCAUGCAUACUAUGUGACCACGCCGGCGAACGCUCACGAUUUGCUCACCUUCGUCGAGGCUCUGGCUGAGUCAAACGGCCAGUCGCCAUCAGAUGCAAAGCUAUGGGCCUACGGUGUCAGUUACGGCACUGUCACUGGCACCACCUUUGCUUCCAUGUUCCCCGACCGCAUCGGGAGAAUGAUACUCGACGGCGUUGUCAACGCCGACCAGUAUUAUGACAACGACUGGAGGGACGCAUCUGAUCAGAUGGACGAGGCCAUGGAGAAGUUUUCGAGCCUCUGCCACUCUGCAGGCCCCGAGGCGUGCUCCUUCUGGGGGCCUACGCCCGAGAACAUCACCACCAGGCUGGACGACAUCAUCCUGCAGCUCCGAAACCAUCCGGUCCCUCUGAGCGGAGUCCAGAAUCAGAGUCUGCCACAGCUAGUCACCUAUUCAGACCUAAAGGCCCUGUUCAUCAACACCGUCUACAACCCACCCGCGGACUUCCCGGUCAUGGCCGACAUCCUCCGCCAGGUAGAAGACGGAGACGUGUCUGCCCUCGCGGGGAUGUUCCACGUUUUGGACGUUAAAGCGGACGCCCGUUACAUCAUCCAAUGCGUUGACUCAUAUCGGAGGAACAAGGUCGCUACAAUUGAGGAGUUCAAGGACUUUGCCGAGUACACGGCUUCCCGCAGCAAAUACCUCGGCGAUAUUUAUCCCAACCUCAUUGGGGGUGUCGUUUGCUCUUCCUUCCGACCGGAAUUGCCUGAUAGCAUGGUUUUUCAAGGGCCAGUGGGGUCGAACAAGACCACGUCCUUUCCAAUCUUGUUCGCGAGCAACACCAUCGAUCCAAUAACGCCCCUCGUAUCGGCGCGCAAGAUGUCUGCUCAGUUUCCAGGGUCAGCCAUACUACUACAAGAAGGCAUCGGUCACACGGUCAUGUCGCUCGGGGCGUCACCAUGUUACUUUGGCUAUAUCCAGGCAUAUUUUCAAGGCAUUCUCCCACCUUCCAAUGUCACUUGCCCACAGCAAUACGUCCCCUUCGGAGGAGGUGCUGUUUAGGAGCAUAGGUUACCACUACUUCCUAUGAUACACUCUAGGAGUGUGGAUUGACUUAGAAAGCGAAGUAUCACUCUGCCUGUUUAGCUUACGGCAUAUUUGACUGGCCCUAAGUCGAGUGUAAAGUCGAAAACCCAAUCAAAUCAAAGGGUUCACCGCACAAUAGUAGUGCAUAGUCUGAUUUUCCGGUGAUGUAUAUGUUAUUAUAGUUUGCGUUAUUAAUUGUGAGUCUAAAUUGUCUCUGUA